AUGGAUGCAACCAGGGAAUAUCGACGCCAUUGGAUUAAUAAAGAAAGUCCAACAAUAUCGGAAAUUUUUAAAAAGUUUCCUCGAUUUUUAGAUUAUCAUGGCGAACUGAUUGACAGAGAAUUUCAAUCAAUUUAUCCUAAGUCAAAAGAUAAUUUAAUAUCAAAAUUUCCUACGUUAUAUACUCAGAAGAUUCUGUUUUAUGCUGAAAAUUUACGACCAGAGAUAUUUGCAACAUCAGAUAUCAUCAAAGAUGAUAAUUUUCGAGCACUAUUAAUUCUUACGGAACUAUUGCCGAUAACCAAUGCGGAAAUUUCAAAAAUAAAGAAAGCUGAACAAGUGAAAAAAGACCAACAGAAGAAAAAUGACCAAGAAAAUGAAAAAAAUAAAAAAGUCGGACAAGGAAAAGGAAAAGGAAAAAAACGAAAACACGAAGAAAUAGAGAAUGACACUCCAAUUAUGAAAAAAGUGUUCCCGAAUGAUGAACUCGUCAAACUUGUAUCAGAAGGGACAAAUGUUGAAGAUUUCGCCGAACAACUUCGAAAACAGUCGAAGAAAGCUAUACAGCCUUAUUUGAUCACUCAUUUGGGUCAAUCAGUAGACAAAACUUUUAUACAAGGCGAUGAGUGGUUUAUUGGCGUCCAUCCUGCUAGUAAAACUAUCACUUCAUUUGACCUUCUCUACAAGACAUAUUAUGUGUUGAAUGUCGAAUAUCCCGAAAAAUUGAAAAAUUUUUACAAUUUUAUAGACUAUUACAUUUUCCAAAUGAAAAUUAACCCAAAAAGUAUGGUGUCCUCUUUACAUACGAAUAUUGUUAACUUCAAGAUCGACACUAAUGACAAGAGUUACAAGAGUAACAAAAAUAACAAUAGUCAGGAUUUGUCUGAAGAUGAUGUUUCGGACUAA